AUGAUCCGCAAGGUUGUAUGCAUCGGUGCUGGCUUCGUCGGCGGCCCUCUGGGAUCCGUCAUUGCCUACAAAUGCCCUGAUGUUCAAGUCACAAUCGUGGACAAAAACAAAGCCCGAGUCGAUGCGUGGAACUCCGACUGCCUGCCCAUGUUUGAACCAGGGCUCGAAGAUCUCAUUUCCAGCAUCCGUCGACGACCACAAGAACCCCUCGGCAACGAUGCAAACGCCUGCAACCUCACCUUCUCGAUUGAUGUCGAAAAUGCCAUUGAAGAGGCAGACUUGAUCAUGUUGUGCAUCGACACUCCCACGAAGCGAUUUGGUAUUGGACAGGGCAAGGCGCUCGAUCUGACUAACAUCCAGGCGGCUGUGAGAACCAUCGCCCGCGUGUCUAAAACAGACAAGAUUGUAGUGGAAAAGUCUACUGUUCCAUGCGGGACAGCAGACAAGAUUCGCGAUCUGCUCUACUCCACAUCCCAGAAUGACUGUCGCUUUGAAGUCCUCUCAAACCCCGAAUUCCUAUCCGAAGGAACAACGAUCAAGGACCUACUUCAUCCAUCGCGAGUUUUGAUCGGACAUCAACAGACGCCCUCCGCAACCAAGGCGGCUGAAGAACUCGCCUCGAUUUACGAACGAUGGACACCGUCCAAUCUCAUCGUCACGAUGGACCAGUGGUCUUCGGAAUUAUCGAAACUAGGCGCAAACGCCAUGCUAGCACAGCGACUGAGCAGUAUCAACUCUCUGAGCGCCAUCUGCGAAGCUGUCGGAGCCGAUAUCAACAGUGUAUCCGAAAGCUGUGGACUGGAUCCUCGCAUCGGCAAUCAAAUGCUGAGAAGCACACUCGGAUGGGGUGGAGGAUGCUUCGAAAAAGACGUCUUGUGUCUGGUAUACCUAGCCGAGAGCCUGGGACUGACAGAAGUCGCCAACUACUGGGCUGCCGUCGUCGAGAUGAACAACUACCAGAAAUCGCGGUUUUUCAUGCGCAUCGUCGACUGCAUGCACGGAUGUGUCGGUGCUAAAUCCAUCGCUAUCCUGGGAUUUUCAUUCAAGAAGAACACCUCCGACAGCAAAUGCUCAGCGGCUAUUCCCCUCGCUCAGAACCUGAUCACUGAAGGUGCCACUGUCUCGGUCUACGACCCUAUGGUUCAGGCUGACCGCGUGGUGGCGGACGUGAAUCCUUCUAACCCCUCGGCUCUUCGAGUAUGCACGACAGCCUAUGAAGCAUGCGAAGGAGCGGAUGCCAUUGUGAUUGCAACCGACUGGGACGAGUUCCAGACACCCAUGUCAAAUGGUGAUAUCCAAAUGUCCGACACAAAGCGCAACACAGAGGAUUUCCAGUCUCCCCCACCAACGCCCGACGGCGAAAAGCAUCUUGACUGGAGCCGCAUUAUGAGUGGCAUGCAGGAGCCCAAGUUCAUUUUUGAUGGAAGAAACAUGCUGGAUGGGCACUACCUGAAGAGAUUGGGGGCUCGCUAUCACCGGAUUGGCAGCCGAUCGACAAGCAGUUGA